AUGGGCCAGCUGAGCCAGCAGGAGCUCACGGCGGACGAACUGCUACUUACUCGUGCUGAAGCCAACGGUUACCAGAGAGGAGCACAUAGAGAGGCCAAUGAAGUUUGUGGCCGAGACAAGCAUGUCGCGAAGACGAAGAAGAACCAAGAUGCUACCCUCCGACGCUAUGAGCAAAGACAAGAGACUUUGGUGCUGGUAGCUGGUACUCCGAGGGAAUCGUCUCAUUCAUGCUGCAUCUGUUUUCUCGAGCGCAAGGGGCCUCCUAGGCUCAACGCUGAGACGUAG